GCCCUUUAGGGCGUUUCUGAACUCUGACUGACUGCACCACCAAAAUUAGUUAUUAGGAAGCAGAAAUCUCCACAACGAAAUUUGACUUAUUUAUGGCACUGUCAGAGUACACAAAAGCCACUCAGCCACUCAUCAUGGAAUGACAGCAGGUAAACGUACUCCACCACAACCAGUCUCACCGCAAGAAACUCAACGACCGGUUGUUUGAACAGGGUUUUCUGCAGUCGCUGACCGAUUUGGCAUUCGUACUAGAUCGACGCUCUGCUGCCCUAAAGAAUCGGAGAUGUCCGAUAAUGGUGCCUCAGCGAUCAACCUUCUGUCUUAUGAGACACUGGUACACGCCGUGGCAGGUGCAGUGGGUAGCAUGACGGCGAUGUCCGUCUUCUUUCCUUUGGAUACAGCGAGGAUCAGACUUCAGGUGGAUGAGAAUCGGAAGUCCAAAUCGACUGCCAUUCUCCUGGCUGAAAUAGCAAAGGAGGAAGGCCUGUUGUCUCUGUACAGAGGCUGGUUCCCAGUCAUCUCCAGUCUGUGCUGCUCCAACUUUGUCUACUUCUACACCUUCAACACGCUGAAGAAAGUCAUGGUGGGUAAUCAGGGCCGGUCCAGACCGGGAAAAGAUCUUCUCAUGGGCUUCAUCUCAGGGUCAGUGAACGUGCUCUUGACCACGCCCAUGUGGGUGGUCAACACCCGGCUCAAGCUGCAGGGGGCAAAGUUCAGGAACGAAGACCUCCAGCAGACCCACUACAGAGGAAUCUUUGAUGCUUUCUCACAGAUCAUAGCCAGGGAGGGAGUGGGGACUCUUUGGAAUGGUACACUGCCUUCUCUGGUGCUGGUCUUCAACCCUGCAGUCGUGUUCAUGUUCUAUGAAGCCAUGAAGAGAAGAGCAGGCAGAGGAGGGAGGAAGAUUACAUCAGCAGAGAUCUUUCUCAUUGGUGCUGUGGCCAAGGCCAUCGCUACCACGUCGACGUAUCCCCUGCAGACCGUCCAGGCCAUUCUAAGGUUUGGGCAGCACAAAGCUGAGGGCAAGGGAGGUCUACUGGGUAGUCUCCGAAACAUAGUCUACCUACUUAUGGACAGAAUCAAGAGGCAUGGUGUGCUGGGCUUAUACAAAGGCCUGGAGGCCAAACUGCUCCAGACAGUACUAACGGCAGCCCUCAUGUUUGUGGUGUAUGAGAAGAUCACCGCAGCCACCUUCAAGGUCAUGGGCAUCAACAAGAAACUGAAGCACUGAGGUGUGAGCUGGCCCUUAGACCUCAACCUGCACUGGCUAUACAACAGUGGUCACCACCCACCCUGGUCCCGGAGAGGAGCUCGCAGGGUGUGCCGGGUUUUGUUCCUGCCCAGCAAUGAAACCCCUGGUUCAACGUUCAGAUUGACCUAUUACCACGUAUCUGGAACUUGAUUCAGGUGUGUUUAGCACUGGGUUAUGACAAAGCCUACACACCUGUCUCCAAGAUCAGGGUUGGUGACCACUGGGCUACUGACUCCCCAUCCCAACUUCCCUUUCCUCAAUCCCAACAUACACCUCAACCAGAGAUGGUGUCUCUCCUCCUCUCUUUUCCCCUUACACUCAGAGGUUUAUUCCACAUACAGUAUUCAUAUGUCUUCCCUACGCUGCCAAUAUGGAUGAAUCUCUCUGGAAAUGGUUGUACAUGGUCUUAUAGGAGGUGCCAUAACUGUCUAGAAUAUGCAUUCUGUGGCAAUUGUAUUAUACCUGAAUGAAUGGCAUUACAGUUGAAGCUUGUUAUGCUUUCUCCACCACUAUUACCCUGGAGUGCUGAUAACAACUAGCAGUUUUACUAGCCAACUCCUUUUGGCUUAGAUGUUGUCUUGCCAAAUAGUUGUUUAGAAAGACGAUGCCAAACAACUAUUUGCUUAACAAGCCUGGACAAUGCCCAAGCGAGUGAAGAGCAAUAUUCUCAAGAACUUUGAGGGCUUACGUGAAGCAUCAAGGUAUUUGCAGACAUGGCUAUAUUCUAUUUAAAUCUCUGUACAUGUCAUGGUGCUCCUUCAGCCCUGCGUUAAGACCACUGCAAACCCUUUCCGGAGAGAUGUUACUGCUCUUGAAAAGUAGGUGUUGAUUUCUCAGGUGGCUGUGACAGUUUGGUGGCUACAGUUGAAGUUGGUAGUUUACAUACACCUUAGCCAAAUACAUUUAAACUCACAAUUCCUGACAUUUAAUCCUAGUAAAAAUUCCCUGUAUUAGGUCAGUUGGGAUCACCACUUUAUUUUAAGAAUGUGAAAUGUCAGAAUAGAGUGAUUUAUUUCAGCUUUUAUUUCUUCACAUUCCCAGUGGGUCAGAAGUUUACAUACACUCAAUUAGUAUUUGGUAGCAUUGCCUUUGUUUAACUUGGGUCAAAUGUUUUGGGUAGCCUUCCACAAGCUUCCUACAAUAAGUUGGGUGAAUUUUGGCCCAUUCCUCCUUACAGAGCUGGUGUAACUGAGUCAGGUUUGUAGGCCUCCUUGCUUGCACAUGCUUUUUCAGUUCUGCCCACAAAUUUUCUAUAGGAUUGAGGUCAGGGCUUUUAUGGCCACUCCAAUACCUUGACAUUGUUGCCCUUAAGCCAUUUUGCCACAACUUUGGAAGUAUGCUUGAGGUCAUUGUCCAUUUGGAAAACCCAUUUGUGACCAAGCUUUAACUUUCUGACUGAUGUCUUGAGCUGUUGCUUCAAUAUAUCCACAUAAUUAUCCAUCCUCAUGAUGCCAUCUAUUUUGUGAAGUGCAACAGUCCCUCCUGCCACAAAGCACCCCCACAACAUGAUGCUGCCACCCCCGUGCUUCAUGGUUGGGAUGGUGUUCUUUGGCUUGCAAGCAUCCCCUUUCUCCUCCAAACAUAACAAUGGUCAUUAUGGCCAAACAGUUCUAUUUUCGUUUCAUCAGACCAGAGAACAAUUCUCCACAAAGUACGAUCUUUGUCCCCAUGUGCAGUUGCAAACCGUAGUCUGGCUUUUUUAUGUCGGUUUUGGAGCAGUGGCUUCUGCCUUGCGGAGCGGACUUUCAGGUUGUCGAUAUAGGACUAGUUUUACUAUGGAUAUAAAUACUUUUGUACCGGUUUCCUCCAGCAUCUUCACAAGGUCCUUUGCUGCUGUUCUGGGAUUGAUUUUCACUUUUCGAUUUGCACCAAAAUACGUUCAUCUCUAGGAGACCGAACGUGUCCACUUCCAGAGUGGUAUGACGGUUGCGUGGUCCCAUGGUGUUUAUAAUUGUGUACUAUUGUUUGUAUAGAUGAAUCUGGUACCUUCAGGCGUUUGGAAAUUGCUCCCAAAGAUGAACCAGACUUGUGGAGGUCUACAAUUUCUUUCUGAGUUCUUGGCUGAUUUCUUUUGAUUUUCCCAUGAUGUCAAGCAAAGAGGCACUGAGUUUGAAGGUAGGCCUUGAAAUACAUCCACAGGUACACCUCCAAUUGACUUAAAUUAUGUCAAUUAGCCUAUGAGAAGCUUCUAAAGCCAUGACAUUUUCUGGUAUUUUCCAAGCUGUUUAAAUGCACAGUCAACUUCGUGUAUGUAAACUUCUGACCCACUGGAAUUGUGAUACAAUUGUUGGAAAAAUGACUUGUGUCAUGCGCAAAGUAGAUGUCCUAACCGACUUGCCAGAAAUUUGUGGAGUGCGUGAAACGAGUGUUAAUGACUCCAACCUAAGUGUAUGUAAACUUCCGACUUCAACUGUAUGUGCUGAAUAGCCUAUGUUUGAUCUGCUUGGCCAUCUGCGGUACGCACUAUUGGCACAGGACAGGAAAAACUUGGCUUCAAUUACAUACUAGAAGGGGAUCCCAUUUUUUUUACUCCUGAAAUAUUUACCUGUCAACCAUUUCUCAGUCUUAUGAUUUAAUUCAGAAUACAAUAAUGAUUCUUCUAAA